AUGCGACGCGGCGCGCUUGGCUCACUGACGCGUAGGCCCUCCCGGCAUCUCGUCCGCAGCCUCAGCCUGCGGCUGGGCGCGGUCCACCUCGGCCCGUGCGCCGAGCGCCCGCAGUCGGAACGGAACGGAACGGACUGGAUGCCGUCCAGUUCGCUCUUCGCAAUGGAAGCCGACCCAAAACCCAAAAUCCAAACCCGCCGAUCAGCUUAUCCCCUUCGCAGGAACUGCGUGCACAGGCGAGAGGAGACACUGAAGCGAGGCGCGCCAUUUGGGGGAGGAGAGGAAAUGGAGCUGACGCCCUCCUCCCGCUCCGUACUCUCCUCCUGCAAUCGGCUGGCCGCUCGAGCUCCGUGCAUGACGGCAUCCGCUGGUGCAAGGAGGAAGGAGAAGGGAGUAGUAUGUAUCUUGAGCGGCAGCGAGGAGGAAGACGUGGUAAGGAGAAGGAUCCGGAGGCGAGCAGCCUUUUCUUUGCUGCUGGCUUCGCCGGCGCUGUCAGUGGCGUUCUCUGCCUAUGGGAAGAGUAAAACCAUGAACCCUUACGACGAAAGGCGGCUGCUUCAGCAGAAUAAGAAGAUUCAGGAAGCCAACCGUGCCCCUGAGGAUUUCCCGAACUUCAUCAGAGAAGGUUUCCAGGUCAAAGUAGUGACAACGGACAACUACAUUACACGGGACUCUGGACUAAUGUAUGAGGACAUUAAAGUUGGUACAGGUGACUCUCCAAAGGAUGGUCAGCAGAUUAUAUUCCAUUAUGUGGGCUACAAUGAAGCAGGACGAAGAAUAGAUAGCACCUAUAUUCAGGGUUCCCCUGCAAAAAUUCGGUUAGGGAAUGGAACUCUAGUUCCAGGAAAAUCACAUCUCAUUUUAGACAUUGAUACUUCAGGUUUUGAAGAAGGCAUACGGGACAUGAAACCAGGUGGUAAGAGAAGAAUUAUAAUACCUCCAGAGCUUGGUCCUCCUUGCAUACUAAGUGGUGAGUGCCCCAUUUGGCUCAUCAACUUCUCACGGGGGUGGCGUGACCCAUGGCCCGAAGAAGAGGAGAUCGAGAACAUGGAAGGGAUUAACUCCUCCACACUGUAG